AUGCAGACUCCAUUGUUGGCACUUCAUAUUCCACCCAAUUUCAGGACAAAGUGCCUGGGUACGGACAAGGUGAUGUACACCUUGACGGCUCUCGCCGGCUUGCCAUGUUAUUCAGGCAGCUGCCCGAAGAUAACCAGUUGGACGAAAGCCAGAGACGCAUGCAGUGAUAGGGGAUAUCAGCUGGUCGACUUUAAAACCUUCACCUUGCUCGGCUCAAAGCUUGGUGUGCGUGGCUGCGUAGAGUCAUUGCUCCACGAGAUGAUGGUGAACAGUAACAGCAGCCCGAUCACGAUAUGGACAUCAUCCGAGUACAAUCGUCGGCGUAUUAUUUACAAGCAGGACAAGAACAAAUCGAGUGGUGCAAUAUUUAGUGUUCAUGGGUUCGGCCGUCACAAUGUCAUCUGCGAAGCUCAAUGGCUCCAUGCCAACGAUUCUGUAUACGCCGCAGCAACUCCAGCACUCGGACCCAGCGUGACUGAGCAGUGCGCAGAGGACGCAUGUCAGCAGUACGGACUUCGCCUCAUAACCAAAGACUGGUUACAAGAACAUGGCCAUGUGUUAAGAGACCGCUGGCUAGAGAGAUUGGCUUUAGAUAAGUCCGACGGAUUAGGUUACCACGUCGCGCCAAUCCUGGUCAAUGGUCAGUCCCUUUACAGAACAGUAAAAUUUAGCAGACAACAUGUGACGUUUAAGAACGAAACAAGCCAUGAGGAUGCAAAGAUUCUCUGUGUCAAGUCCUGUGGGAGCGGUGUUCUUGCACCGAACAUGAGUUGUGCAUGUAACCGCACUAUGUCCUACGGUGAAGAAUGUGAAAAGGCAUGCAAGUGCUUGAACCAAGGUGAGUGUGAUGACAAAGGUGAAUGCAGCUGCCCUAGGGGAUUCACCGGCCACCAUUGCCAACUCGUUGUGUGCGAGGAACCCUGGGUGAAAAAGAGCAAAAUGUGCGAAUGUCAACCGGGACUAGAUAGACCCAACUGCACAGAAGCUUUCAAGACAAAGUGCCUGGGUACAGAUAAGGCAAUGUACACCUGGAUGGCUCUUGCCGGCUUGCCGUGCUAUCCACACCUCGACGGUGACAGCUGCCAGAAGAAAACGAACUUGACGCAUGCCCGCCAGAUGUGCACAAGAAGAGGAUACAACGUGGUAGACCAUGAUUCCUUCACCAAUCAGACGCUUGGCGUGCGCGACUGCAUGGGAGCAUUGCUCAACAAGAUGGUGACAAGCGGUUACAGCAACCCUACUUCAAUAUGGACAUCAUUCAUGAAGGAUGACGAACAUCUCAUAUACCAGCAGGGCAAGAACAGUUCGACUAAAGAAUUGUAUGAUAGUGAUGGAACAAGCCAUCAUGAUGUCAUCUGCGAAGGUAGGCUGUUGGAUUGUGAUCAAAUGAACCCGUGA